CGAAUGAACCUUCUAGAUGGAUGGAGAACCUUAAAGGUAUCAAAAAGCGAGACCGCAAGUGUCGCAACGUUUCAUUACGGAUCAUUACUCUUUUGAAAAUCGACUGUUGCAUUUGUAUGCAACGUUUCAUGCUAGUCUCGGCUUUGAUCCUGAUCUUCAUGGCACAAUGAGAACGCUACAUAGCUUUCUCAGCUCAUGCGGCUUUGCAGGAAAGAUUCCAACAGAAAUUCUGCAGUCUACAAAUGGGUUUCAUUUGAACAGACAAGAGCUCGUCACAGCCCUCAAUAUAAAAAGGGGGGAGAUCCGUCUUGGUUGAAGCAAAAAAACGUACAAAUUUUCCCAGGAUUCCAAUUUGUGAUAAUUCUAUCUCCGGCUUGUCUCAUCGCAAUUCCAAACGGACUUGUUUUCAGCCAUGUCGUUGGCAAGUCUUCGAAUCAAUAGUCUGUACAUCGUCAUGCAUACAAAAGAAGUUGAAUUUGCAGAUAUACCAGGACCUCUCCAAUGGUCGAUGUAUUUACACCUUGAUGGCAGAACCGGCGGCAUGAGAUAUCGCAUAGAAUGUGCGAGAGGUAAUUCUAUUGCCAAUCAUGGUCACACAGCUGCAAUACUCAAAUCUAUCGGCCUCAUUGGACUCAUUCGAAUUGCCAACCUACCGGAUGGUUUGGAGAUUCCCAAUCUCGUUGACAGCAUCAUGAGAGGAUUUGACAGCCAGCUCAAUACUCUUCAACUCGACUCAAGAACUUGGACUUUUAGAUUACUUGAGCUCCUACAGCAGCCCUUAUCUGGGCAUACAAUUCUCGUUUGCAACAAUCUCGAAGCGCUAAGACAAGAGGCGGAGGCCUGGGGGAGAUCAAAUGUAAUGGACGCUGAAAACAACAUCCAGCCACGACCUAUCCAUGACUCUACCCAUUGCAGGCUAUAGGAGUCGCGCCGAGAAAGAAUGUCUCAAUGGGCGGUCUUCUUGUUGAACCGUACACACACUGCAUAUGGAAAUGAUUGAU